AUGGCGGAGCUCGCCGGGCCACCGGUCCCCUCCGCCGGGCCACCGGUCCCCGCCGCCGGCCCGCAGGCCCCGCACGCCGCUUUCUUCGGGCCUGUGGCGCGGGGCAACCCGGUGGUGGACAGCUUCGAGGCCGAGCUGCGGCACGUCCUGAGCUCCCUGCGGCGGCUGCGGGGCGCGGGGGAGGCCAAGCCUCCGCAGCACGACCUGCACCGCCAGGGAGCAAAUACUCUGUUUAACAUUUGGAUCAAAUAUAAGCCACGACUACCAGAGUGGUAUUACAAUAAAAGACUUGUGAAAGUUGGUGAUACACUUGCUCAGAUCAAAGAAUAUAAGUUGGCACUUCUACAGUGCUAUGAAAGAUACCUUCAGCAGUUUGUUUCUGUAAACCUUGAUGAUGUCAUGGAUGAUGUGCAUCGCUUUAAAUCCACCUUUUUUCCAAAUGGUGUCAGAGACAAAAAGGCAGCACUUACGUUCCAUGCUUUGCAAGCGAGAAAUGUUUGCAUUUAUCAGAUGGUUUGCAGCAGAGACAGAAAUCUUCAGAAUCAAGAGUCCCUGCAGACUUGUCUCAAUGUCUUGACCUCAUUACGACUCACUAUGCAAGUGGCUCUACCUCAGGAGAAUUUAUGUUGGCUUAUCUACAAUGGUACUAUCCAUAUUUACACCAUAUGCAGACAUUUGAUGGUGGUGGGUGAGUCUGCUAAGGUCCUGGAAUACUUGCUGUGGGCCAGCAUAUGCAUGGAAUCAUCUAUUCCACUCUUAUCUGUGCAUUAUUUGACAUGGAGAGCCACCCUAUAUACGGCAGUUUCUCAGUGUUAUUUUGAUUGUCAAGCCAGCAUUCAUGGAGAGAUAUUUGCUCGCCGUGGUUUGAUUAAAAUUGAUGAACUGAAGCAAUUAGAAGAUAUCAGUUCUCUGGAAAAUACAGAGACAAAAAAGAUUUUUAAAGAGGCCACUUUAAAGAUGUCAGUAAUGAUUUUCAAGAGAGCAGUAUAUGAAUCCAGAAGAAAGUCGAACAGCUUUCGACCUGAGCCAAAAGUUAACCCGAGAAAAGCAGUAAAUCUGUCAUGGCCUCGCACCACUACUGAGCGGCUGCUGGUGAAAAUGUUUGAUGGUGCUGCAGCUCAGUUCCUCGCCAUCCUGGAAGCACUGUCUGAUAGGAGCAGGAAUCUGUUUCCCCCUCAUCCUCCUGUUCCUGAUGAAACUGAAAUUCGUGGUGUCACUUCUGAGCUUUUUUCUGCGGGCCUCGAAAUCCUCUCAGAGACCAAUGACACCAGUCAGUUUGGUAUAAUUAAUCCAUCAUCUAGUCUUCUGCAGUUGAUGCUAACAGGAGAAAAAGGGGUGUCUGGAGAUGCUGCUGUGAAAUUUGUAAAACUAGCUUUCAGCUAUGAAGAGUGGAACGUGUUUUAUUCUGCUCUUGAAUUUGUUGAUAAUUUCCUUCAGGCUCAAGAUGACCCAACAUGGAAGAAGGCUGAAAUAGAACUCAAACUCCUUACGUUGAUGCAACCUUUAGUAUUCCCAGGAAAAUUUGAACGUAGUUUUUCUAUUAGUGAUUACAAUAGCAAAGCAACCAGCACACGUCGAAGUUCUGGAAAGACAGAGACAAUUAAAAAGGAAUCCUUAAAGCCUGGAGAUCCUUUUCAUGAUCUUAUGAUUCUGGCAACAACCGUGUUUUCCUGUGUCUCCACAUCUGACCAGAAAAUCCAUCCUGACAAAGAAAUGCUUGUUAAUGUAGUAAUGUGUUUGUGGCAGAAGUGUAAAACAGAACUUCAGCAAAUCCAAAUGAGUGGAAAUGACUGCUUAGAAUAUAUGCACAAACACCGAGCUUACCAAUGGGUUCAUAUACUCUGGAUGAUGAAUGAAAUAAUUGAGAAGAGCAACAUAGCAGACACCAAUGUGAUGUUUGCAGAGAUAACCUUAUGUCUAGCGGCAAUACUGGAAAAUGUAGCUGAAUCUACAAGUGAAUCUAAGGAAAAAGAAGGAGGAAGUGCUUCUCUUUCACAAGAUGAAACCUGUGAUAUGCCUGAAAUACUGAUGAAAAUGCCUACAGAACAAUUACAAAUUGCUUAUGAAGUUCUUGAAAAAGCAAUUAGUGGCAUGAACACAUCUCGGUUAAUGACCCUUUUACCAGAUGGAAAGUCGAUAUUUGACAACUGCUGUACAAAGGUGUAUUCCAAUGAUCAGAGUUUGAAUUCUAUUUUGGGAUGUGGUGAUGAUAAAACAGGAGCAGAUAAUGGUUUUGUAACAGAUUUACACUUGGACCUCAUUCAGGCCCAACAUCGAGUAGCAGUGAAACUUCUUAAAAUUACACAAGGUGCUCAAGUUGUUGACAGAAGUCUUAGGUCCAGUAAGUCUCAUGAGAAGAAUAUUGAAGAUUUCCAAUAUUUAUCAGAGGAACUUAUAAUGAAAAAAAUUAAAAGGAAUAAGCUAUCCAGAGCAAUUUUUUUGAUGCAAAAGGCUGCACAAAAGUUCCCUGAAGACUUAACUACUACUUCCCAAAGGCAGCUACUGGAGGAAGCCCUAACUUUAAUUGAGCAAGUUGAAGCUGAACAAAGUGCAUUGUAUCGCAGUCUCAAAGAAGCUAUGAGCAACAAGAAAAAAACCAGAAGUCCUCCUCCUCCUCUGUUACUUUCCAGAUCACAUUGCUCCAUGACAUUUAAACCAGCCCCAUUUGAUUCAGAUAUUCAGGUUUCAUGGUACUGUAUUUUGGGCUCUAUAGCAGGAGGAAGUAAUACAAAAGUAAGGUUAAAUAGCAAUAAACUUCAAAAUUCAGGAGAAGAGAUACCAGCGAAUGGGAAAAUUCUCUUAGAAGUAGGAGGAUUAGAUGCCAAUGAGAAAUACAUAUUUGCUGUCGCAGCGUAUUCUUCAGAUGGAAAACUUAUUGGAGAUGCUGUUGGGCAAAUGACUAAGCCAAUCCUUGCCUAUCCACCCCUUUCUGCUACUACUGUUCGAGCAUAUCUAACUCAGGUGGCCUAUCAGACGGGCAACUUCAGAUUAGCCAGAGCAGCUUUUUCACCAAUGUGGGAUUACUUUGUUUCAGAUUCUUCUCCACUGCCUCCCAAUGCAGCUGUUAUUUCUGCAAGUAGUAAUUUGACUAUUUCUGAAAAAAGGUUACGUUUUGAAGCUAUAUCUCAGACUUCUCCUGUUACCUUGCACCUCUUUUUGAGGAAUAUAUUUGCUGUUUCUGACAUUAAUGUCAUGGAAGGAGCACUCUUCUGUGAUUCCAUCUGUUCCAAUGAGAUAUUUUAUAAGGAGCAAGUUUCUAGAUUAGCAGAAUGUGAAAGAAUGAUUGUGGCAAUUGAACUUAGCAACUGUUUGAACGAUGCAAGUUACACCCUGCAGUCUGUUGUACAAUGUUAUGGCCUCCUUGCCCCACUUAUUUAUCAUAAGAUUUUUUCAGUGCCAGUAGUUCAGAUCCUUAUCAAAUGCUUGGCUGUUCUCCAAGAAAUUCCAAGUGCUACUUUGCAAAGGAGACAGGAAGGAUGUUACGAGAGUAUUCAGCAUAUGAUAGCUUGUACUUCAUAUCAUACAGCAAAGGUACUGCAUUCAUGGGAAGAGUAUGAACUUGCAGUACUUAUCAUUAACUAUGGGAAAAACUUGUUGAUCUCACCAGCAGUUUCGCCCAGCCUGUCAGAUGUGAAAACUGAAGAAACACACACUGGCAAAGAGAACUGUUCUUCAAGGAUAUCCCAUUUAGCUGCAAUGGCAAAAGCGGCAGAAAAUCUGAGUACUCUUGAAUCAAGUCUCCUCAAACUGACAGAGCCAGGUCCUGGAACACAACUUACAGGAAAGGAAGAUCCUUUGUUCCUCUACCCUGUAAUUUCAUGUUGGACAUCAGAGCGUGCUUAUCGAGAAGUGCUUAAAUUCAGAGGGCAAACACGUUUCCUUGAGUUCUUUGUUCAACUUUUGCACAAAGUCCUGAAUGAAGAGAAGUUUCAGUGUGUUCUGGAGUGGGCAGACAGUGUGGAAGUUUACAUGAAAAGGAGGAAUGAGAACUUCCUUGGUACUGAUGGAAUUUCAGCACAAGCACGAUCUUUCACUUUGGGAGAAAGCAAUGUGCUGCAGAUGUUCAGAAAGAAAGGCAAGGAUAAGUUGAAGAAAUUAGCUUUUCAAACCUUAAUAAUGCUGCUGAGUAAAUACAUAACCCGAAGUAAGUUUUGUCAAAUGUGUCUUGAAGAGAUGCCCUGGAAGUCUCAGAUGAAUAUCUAUCUGGCAGUUGCACACUACCACUUAUUUAAAAAGAACCUGGAAGAGCAAUAUAAUAUUGGAAUCAGUGGUUCACAGCAUCUGGACAGUUACAAUAUGUUGGAUCCUGAGAUAUUCUCAUUAAACAAUUCUGGCACAGUCCUGGUGAGAGAAGCUGUAGAGGAUAACGUAGGAAAACCAACUCCUCCUCUCCUUGAAAAGUCAGAAGUGAUUGAAACCCAAAGCCUUAAAUCUCCUAAGAACAGAAAUAAACAGAGUCGAACUUCUCGAAGUCGAUCAACAAAGACUCCCGAACAACAGGACCAGUUUCCAUCAAAUACCCUUUUGCUGAAGCAUUUUACGAGCAUCUUCCUGCAUUUGAAAAGAGCAGUGGUUCUUGCUCACCGUGGUGGCCACUGGACAUUGCUUCAAAAUGCUUGUCGAGAACUUUGGAACUAUACUCAAGAAUUUCAACUGAUUGCUAACCAGUCACAUUCUUGUAUGGAUGCAUUUCCCAUCACCUGGGAUUUUCUUUGGAGCACCAUCUGGUUGCCAUUUUAUUUUGCUUCAGACAUGAUCAUUGAUAUGAUAAUUGACCUACAGGCAAGCAGUUCUCUUAAGAUUGUGGAUCCCAAAGGAGACUUUUGCAUUCCCAGUUGUUUAGGCGGUAUUGUGGAUGAGAAUGGUGGUUCUAAUCUCCAUCCCCAGCCUCCUCUGGAUGAUGUGAAUGUGGUUGACCUGAGAUGGAUAUGUAAUCUGAUUCUUAAAACAAUAGAAUUGUUAUAUCAUAUGAAGAAGUGGGAAGCACUGGUACACAUAGCUGUACAAUUUAACAUACUUACACAUGAGAGGUUUACGGAACAAGUGAGUCCACUGCUGGUAUAUGCUCAGAGGCAGCUGCUGGAAAGGAUACAGCAAUUCAGUGGCCCAGACAGCCAUGAAUCACAUUUCACGAAAUACCUGUCUGAUGAUACACAGAAGAUGAGCUGCAGAAACUACAUAGGGUACAAAUUCCAGCUGCCUGUUGCUCAUUCUGCCAGUGAAGGGGUUUUUCCUGCAUACUCUUUCAAUCCUGAGACAAAUAAUGAUGCUACAGAUAACAAUCAAGCAAAAGCCCUAGUUUGUGUGCCUCUUGAUGUGAAUGAUACACUGAAAUGUUUUAGAGAAACUCUAGAAAAAUCUAAAUAUCAAAGCAGAGCACUGAGACACAGCAGGAAACUACUUUCAUUAUUUCUUGCACACACACAAGAAAAUGCUGGAAGAGCAAUCAGCAGUCAUAUCUGUUCAAGCAGAAAGCUGAAAUUUAACGUGGGAGAUGAAGUGAUAUUUCUACCGACACCAUGUGACCUUUCUAAAGAAAAAUAUAAUUUCUCCAGUAUGGUUGAGAGGAGACAAAUACCAAAGUCACAGCUUUCAGUAAUUAUCUCUUCCUAUGAACAAACAAUAGGAAUCCUUGAAAUGAAUAACCAAAGAGAUCUCAAGGUACAGGCUCUACAUGAACUUGGAAAUCUUCACUUUUAUUCUAGAAAUAAAAGCGCAGCUUUUAAAUAUUGGUGUCAAGCCCUUGAUGAAACACUCAACAUUGCUGAUGCUCUUAACACCUGGCAAGAGUUAAGUUUUCCAAAAGAUGCUACAGACUGCUUUGCAGUUAGAAGAUCAACUGAUAUGAGUCAGAAAUUUCUUUCUCAGGCUGGAGCUUGGGGAUGUUUACAUGCAGCAGUCCUAGUGGCUAAGAUAGCUCAGUAUAUAACAACAUCACAGAUGAGAUUAAGAACAAAAUACUGCUAUUUUUCUGCUAUACUUUUUAAGACCCUGUUUAGAGCUUCUCUUCCACAUCCAACAUCUGACUAUGACUUUGUACAAUAUGAAACAAAUAUUCUUAUUCCUGGUAUUGACCUGUUCUCUGAUCGCUACAGAGCUGAUAUCUCUACUGUACUUGCAAGUCUGAAUUUCAUUAUGUUUGAACUACAUUAUGCAAAACAAAAUUUAAUAAUUUUACCUCUGUUCACAUUAUACCAAUAUAUUGUAUCUGAGAUUUGUAAGGACCCGGCUAAAUGUAUUGAAGGAAGAAUCUUCAAGAUUAAAGUACUUACAGAUAUAGGAUUUUUUACGGAGGCCUUUCAUGAACUAUCCCUGCUUUUUUUGGGAGAGAGAAUUCCAUGGAAAAUACCAGCAGGAUACAGAUAUACUGAACAAAUGCAGGCCUUAGAGAAAUUUGAUUCCUCAAAACCUCUCAUGACUGCUACAAAUUUGCAGGUACUGGAAGAUACAUUUAAUUGGAGUCUGUCUUCAACAGUGGUACCACUGUGCAACCAACAAAUUAUGAAUAAAUUAACCUUAGCCAAAAUGCAUCUCAUCAUUUGUCUUUCUGCCACAAUAAAUAAUAUACCUGAAAAAGUUGAAAAAACUGUAUAUUGUGUUGAUAACAGCAGCUUGCCAGAGCCAAACAAAACUACAGCAUCAACUAUAAAAGUUGAUGCUGAUCAGAAUUCAAGACAAUGGAGACAAAGAGACAGAAUGGUGCAUCUUGUUGACUAUAAAGAUGAAUUAAAUAUGGCCAUGCUGAAGGGGAUUUUGUUGACAGAAGCUGAAGAAAGUCUUAGCUAUCUUGUACAGGACAUACAGGAAAAAUAUGAUGGGGACAUAUCUCGGUAUUCUGUGGAAGAUUUAGAGGCUAUUAUUGAGGCCAAACUUGAACUUGCUUCUAUUUCUCUGCAAAGGCAUCAAGCAGCUCUCAGUGUUGCUUUGGCUUUCUCUGCAAUUCGACUUUUCCAAGAUGCAAAAGUUCUUAGCAUGGACGUGGAACAUUUUCAAGAAGAAAAGGAAGAAAGGGAGUGUUUGGACUCCACCACUGAAGGUGUUCAGCUCCCUCCCCAUGUAACAGCACGAGGUCUCGUGAAUGUACAUUUGUGGCUGAGGUGUCGAGCAAUGUUAGUGACUGCACUCGUGACACAGAUACACGGUGUUGGUCAUAUCAAAGGAAACGAUGGGGCUGAGCGCAGAAGUGUGAUAAAAGAAGUUAUAUUAGAGGCAGAAGCCUUUGGUGAUAUUGACACUCAGGCUGAAGUGAUGGUUCAAGCUGCUAUUCUUGACCUGCAAGAAAAACGUCCUGUGGCAGACAUCAAACUUCUUCUGCAGAAAAUCAUCGGUUUGCUCCAAGAGGAUACAUUUAUUUCCCUGCCAGCUUCUUUGACUCUUGUGAAAAGUAUGCUUCUCCUGGCAGACAUACUGCCUCUGCAAAUAGCAGAGGAUUCAGAACAUUGCUCUUCUGCAGUAGAACCAUUAAACUUGCUUGUUUCGGCUCAUGAGCUUACCAUUAAAGCACUUUUUGAUUGUGGUGGACUCAUUGAACAGCAAAUAGAAGACAGUACAUUGACUUGCCUGGUCUUACCCACGAAGAAUAUCUACCUGCCACAUAUUAACUUGCUAGCCCAAGUCAAAAUGAAAAUUGGACAUGCAUUAGCUGAAAAAGUAGCUUCUACAGCUGCAAGAGAUCGCUUGCAAUGGCUACGUGUUCUUGGGCAUUUAGAAUCAGCAUUGAAUCUUUGCAGAGCAUCUGCAACAAAAAAAAUAGAUCUGGAAGCUGAAGUUCUUUUUCAGAUAGGUAAGACACAGCGCCAGUUAACUGAAGCAGGCCAUAACAAGUCUCAAGCUGUUGAAACCCUGUUGCAAGCUAUUAAGCUCAGCCAGCAACAUGAUCAAAAAUAUGAGUUAAUAAAACAGUCAUACCUUGAAAUAGCACUAUCAUAUUUGUAUUUUGCCGAAAAUAAUGAGGAUGUAUCAGAGACAGAUGAGUUGGUGCCUUCCAAAGCAAGUACCUCUUCUGGAGAACGGUCUUCUGAGGAGGCUAUAAAAUCAGAAGUCUACCAAGUACAGGCCUGGGUUGCAAUAAGAGCAGCUUCACAGGUCAGUGAAGCUAUGCUUGCUUCUCAGCUGGUAAUUGGAAUGAAGAGUGUUAAAGAACAGAACAUGAAGGAUGAAGUGCAACAACAAAUCCCAGAGUUUGCUUCUAUGGAUCUUUUUUCUUCGUACAGAGAUUUCAUAUCUGAUGGAUACAAUGUUGUCCCUGAAACUCCUGAAGUAUCUUCUACUGAAAACAAACAAAUCCCAGAAGACUGUCAGAGUGAAAGAGAAGGAACAGAGAAUCUUGCCGCCAAGGCCACCCCGAAGAAACAUACAAUUACAUGGUUUCUCAUGAUUCGUUACCACAAUCAUUUAAAAAGAAUUUAUAACACAAACCUAUCUGCACCUGGAUCACUUUUUGCAAGAUAUGGACACCUUGGUUUGAUUUCUGACACGGGAAUUGUUCUACGCAUAGCAGAAAUGCAUUCCUUCCUGGAAAAGAAUUUGUUUGAAUAUUCAGUGUGUUGUCUUGAGAAUUUUCCAGUAGAACUACAUGAUGCAGAAGAAUCACUCAGUAGUCAAACUGAUUCUUCAGAGAUGUCUCUUGAAUUUUCUGACAUUACAUCAAUAGUGUCACAUGUGAGAACAGCUUCUCCAGUUUCUGUCAUUGCAGAAGAAUGUGAGCGGACAGAGAGUAAGGCAGCAAGAGCUCCAGAUAAGGAAAUCAGCAUUCAGUGGUAUAUUCCUUCUGUGGCAAAGUCAUCAAACGAUUCAGAAACUAAGGUUUUGUUGCUUUAUGCUUAUAAUACAAACCCUGUCAAGAUUGGCGACAUUGCGAUUUUUAGUACAUCUGUGUUUUCAGGCCAGUUGUGGAUUCCAUUGGCUAGCAUUAUUUCUUUAAGGGAGAAAUUGUCUGAUCUGAGGAAGCAAGUUGAAGUAUUGAUGCAAGGUCCUACAAGCUUUUCAAUUUCAGUACCUACAAACUUUCUUGAGCAAAGUGAAACUUUGAAAAUAAUUCCUUCAAAUAAACCCAAACUGAGUGAUGCAAAAGUGUAUCUUGAUGAAAAAACAGAAGACAUUGCUAAAAGGUGUUUAUCUGAAGUCAAAGCACUGCUGUCUGUUGGUCCAGCCCUGUCCUCUCCAUUAACUGAGAUCCCAUUUGAUAUUACUUGGAAAUCAAUAACAAAUUUGGAAGAUAUGUUUGAUCUUGCCAAUGGAUGCAUAAUAACUGAAGGAAAUCUUUUAGAUUGGAUCAUUUCUCUGCUUCACUAAAUGCUAUUUUGCAAAAACUUAAUCAGUUAUUAGCUGAAUGCUACAGACUUAGACUUGAGUUCUAG